AUGUCUAUCAAACUUAUUCUUGCUUUCGUUGCUGCUGUAGUUGCUAUUGCUUCUGCCAAUGGUCCAAUUGGUUAUGGAUAUGGGCUUGGACUUGGACACUAUGGAUUUAACAGUUUACCUUAUACUGGAUAUUUAGGAUUAGGAAGAUAUGGUUACUCAGGUUACCCUGGCUUCAAUAAAUUUGCUUACGGCCAAAGUUAUCCAGGAAUUGCUGCAUCACCAUUUACAUAUUCCCCAUAUUUUGCUGGACAUUCAGUAGCUGGUUACGGAUAUCCACAAUUUGUAAAACCUUUUGGAUAUGGAUUACCAUACGCAAGAUAUGGAUUUGGGAAUUAUGGUACACCAGUAGUUGCAUCAUCCACAGCAGCUUCCGGUUCUGCUAUUGCUUUUUAA